UCUCCCCUCUCUCCUUCUUAUUAGACCGCGCUUCCCUCCCCCUGUCCCCCUCCUUCGGCAACAUGGUCCCUGCCCUGAGGUCGAUCGGAUCUAUCGCUCCCGUAUCAGGGCUGCUGCCCUUCCUCGCCACCCUUCCGACGAGACUGCCAGGAGGAGGGAAUCGUUGGGGCAAUCGGAAGGUACAAUAAUCGGUCGUCCUCAGCAAGAGUUUGCCCCCUCCCCCUCCCCCCUUUUUUCUUUUAAAGAAGAAGAUCGGGAGCCGUUUCUCAGAGACAGGUAUUUCUGCUGCUCUUCCGCAUCCUCUUCCCCCUCCCCACGUUUCCUCCUCCUCCUCCUCCCCAAAGGACACUAGACGAGAACUUUUACAGGGUUACUAUGCAAUUGCGACUGGUUUCUUGGUUCUUUAUCACUUGGAACUUAAUGGAAUACGUUGGUGGCCAGGAGCACCCUUCCAGAGUCCGGCGACAGGGAAGAAUGCAUCGCAAUAUGAGCCAAGCUUGUCAAGGAGGAUGUGCAACAUGUUCUGAAUACAAUGGAUGCAUGUCAUGUAAACCUAGACUCUUCUUUUUUCUGGAGAGGAUUCGCAUGAAACAGAUUGGGGUGUGUCUUUCAUCCUGUCCUCCUGGGUAUUUUGGACAACGAUCCCCAGAACGAAAUGAGUGUAUAAAAUGUAAAGCUGACUGUGAAGCCUGCUUCAAUAAAAAUUUCUGCACGAAGUGUAAAAAUGGAUUUUACUUACACCUUGGAAAGUGCCUUGAAAACUGCCCUGACUGGCUGGAAUCCAACAAUCACACUAUGGAAUGCAAUGAUAUUGUGCAUUGUAAAAUUAAUGAAUGGAGCCAGUGGAGUCCUUGCACAAGGAAAGGAAAAACAUGUGGUUUCAAAAGGGGAAAUGAAACAAGGGUCAGAGAAAUCCUACAACUUCCUUCAACAAAAGGCAAAUUAUGCCCACAUACAAGUGAAACAAGAAAAUGUGUUGUACAAAAAAAGAAAUGCCAGAGAGGAGAAAAAGGGAGAAGAAAGGAAAGAAGAAAAAAGCCAAAGAGAGAAGAAAGCAAAGAAACCAGUCAGGAAAACAGAGAUCAAGAAUCCAGAAGGCAGAACAGAGAUCGGGACAACAAAAACAAAACGCAACUGAAGAAAAGAGGGCAGGAUAAACAGCAGAAACUAGUCACCAUCAGCACUGCACACUAACCGCCUUACACCACUGUUUAAAACUAUUGCUGCUGCUACCAUCACCAGACCCCCAGAGUCAGUGUUCCUCAGUUAUCACCAAUAGACAAUAUUACAAGUUAUACUUAAACAACAUUCCAAUACUUACUACUAUAUUCUUCAUGCAAUCACAGUUUAUUCAAGAGACUGACAUGAAGCAAGAUUUUUUUUUUCUUUAAAUGGGAUACUUUCAACCUUAUAUUACAUGCUUCCAUGCAUCUCUAGGAGUGUCUCAGCAGCUGGACUGCCUGGUUGAUCUUGUCAGGCUCAGAAGCUCAGCAGGAUUGGGCCUGGCUAGUUCUAGAAUACUGGCAAGGCAGUAGGUGAAACUGGGAAGUAGAAAAGAAAAGAAAAGAAAAGAAAAGAAAAGAAAAGAAAAGAAAAGAAAAGAAAAGAAAAGAAAAGAAAAGAAAAGAAAAGAAAAGAAAAGAAAAGAAAAGAAAAGAAAAGAAAAUCCCAGAAGACGGCAGUGUAAACCACUUCCCUGCUCUUGCUGAGAAAGCAACGUGGAUGUGUCCCUGAUGUCACCAGGAAUCAAGUGGGAUUCAAAGGAGACUUUAGCUUUUAUCUCUAAGGGUCAAUUUAGAAGCUUGUAUAUAAUUAUCAAUAUGGUAUAAAGUAUAACAAUGUAUUGGACAACCACUAGGAAAAAGUCUUUUUCCUCUGUAAAAUAUUUUUUUCAACCAAUUCUUUAUGAAGCAAAAAUUACCUAAGGUAAAGAUACAGCAUCCCUAGGUGCAUCAUUACAGUAUAUAUGUUACAUAUGAAUUAAGAGGAGGAGGAAGAAAGUGUCUUACGAGCACUGAAUGUUCAGUACCACACAGUCUAUCAGAACUAAGUUCACUGGAUUUUGCCACAGAUUCGUAUUAGAAGUUCCAGACUGAAGAGCUGCACGGCUCUGAAGCAAAGGCACAAAAGAAAUGGAAGCAUCAGUAAACACAUUGGAAAGAGAGGCAAUGGCGUUAAGUAGCACUCUUAUUUGCAAGAUAGCAGAAUAUUUUCUGUCAAAACCUUGAUAAUACAGCUGUUCUAUGCUUUAUAUCAUUCUCUAUAUCAUUUAUAUAGAGCUGUUCUCUAUAUCACUGAAAUCUUCCAAAGACUGACAAAUCAUAUUUGCCGGAAAAAAAAAAAAA